GAUCCUCAUUAAUUGUUCUGUGAUGAUGUUGUGUUUGCAGAUCGGUUCGUACUUCGGCAGCGUGCUGCAGACGGUGGACGUGGACGGAGACUCCUUCACAGAUCUGCUCUUAGUCGGAGCUCCGAUGUUCAUGGGAACAGAGAGAAACGAGCAGGGACAGGUCUACGUCUACAAAAUCAACCAGGAGAACCAGUUUGAGCACCAGUUCACCUUAAAGCCUGUGAACCAGUCGUGCUGCACGGCUCACUCUGAAGGCUGCACCAAUCAGAACGAGCCGUGUGGAGCUCGCUUCGGGACGGCCAUCGCUGCCGUCUCCGACAUGAACCUGGACGGAUUCAACGACGUGGCGAUCGGCGCUCCAUUUGAGAACGACCACAGAGGAGCCGUGUACAUUUACCACGGAGAAAAGACCUCGCUGAAGGAGAAAUACGUCCAGCACAUCCCUGCAGGAGGUGACGGUGUGAAGGUGAAGUUCUUCGGUCAGUCCAUCCAUGGAGUCAUGGAUCUGAACGGAGACGGGAUCACUGACGUUACCAUAGGAGGUCUGGGAGGGGCUUCUCUGUUCUGGUCCAGAGACGUCGCAGAGCUCCGAGGCAACAUGACCUUCGACCCCGUUAAGAUUAACCUGCAGCAGGCUCAGCAUCAGUGUGAGCACGGAGGACGUAAAUCUGUGUGUGUGAAGACGGAGGUGUGUUUCGUCUACAGCAUCAAAUCUGACCAGCAGGCCGAACACCCAGCUGCAGGUAUCCGCUACACUCUGACUCUGGAUGCUCUCCGUGCGAAAGCGAGGGCGUCGUUCAUCGGCUCGGACGAAAAGAACGACCGCAGAGUUGCCAGGACGUUCAAUAUCAGCCACAGGGAGAGAAAAUGUGCUCAAGAGACCUUCAUGAUGUCGGCAAGUGCUCUGAUCUUUUAA